AUGACCAGUCCGCGUGAUGGCACAACCUCUCGACUUCGCCAGGCGCUCAAUCCAUUGCGGACAACAGCUCUCGGGGGUUACCAUAAUCAGCUAAACACACCACACUCUGCCGUAUCAAUUACUUCGUCGCAUACUUAUGCUGGAAUCCAUACGCCAGUUAGCUCAAUACAACCCUACAACCCUCAAGAAUGGGCGCCCACUUCUGCGGUGGGCCCUGAGCGAACGCAUCAUUACCCUCCGCCGUUGACACUGAACCCACAAGUCCCGGCGCCACCUCCGCCUUAUUCCCCUCCCCGGAGUCAAAGACCGAAUAGUACGGUUCAUGAGACGCCACCAGCAAAUAUCUCUGCUGCGCGGAUUCCCGCUUCAAGUGUUCACCGCCCUUCGCCGGAGCCACCAAACAACCAAAGCUUUCCUCCACCGCCGGGCUCAAAUGGACGCGGCGGCUCUCGUGAGAGGCGUUUUGGCCUACCAUCAUUAACAAGGCGGAGAGACCGAGGCACUCCUGAAUCUAUAUCGCCUCCCGAUUCUCACCCUCCUACUUCAUUAUCUCGACCCCAAACCCUAAUGAUCCAGGUUCCUAGUCCCCUCAAUUCAGCUGAAAAUAACGUCCCAACCAUACCUCCUAACUCCCGCCGAGCAGCAUCAGCGAGUGCGGUUGAGACGCCGACGUCGGCUCGGUCUAGAUCAGCGUCGCAAUCAAGAUGGGAGCCCGGUAUGCCCUUACCUCCACCACCGCCGGGCCCUCCUCCCACUCAGUCUAGAUCUCAAAGUCUCAAUAGGACCAGUGAGCCUGUUGUUUCCCCUCCUACGAGAAGACCACCUCCCAAUGGAGUAACUGCGCUCGGCCCCGUCCCGCCAACCCCCGCUGACUGGGUAGGUGAAGAGCAGCAAGGGCGUAGUAAAUCGCCCCACCCAAUCGGGUUGACUAUUGAUACAGCUGCUGCGGCUGCGUCUAGCCCGCCGGCUGUCCCCGACUCGGGCUCCGGAUCUGGCUCUGCAAGCGCCGGUCUAAAUCGGACAGGAGCCGUUCGAGGUGAAAAGUCCUUGCGCGAAAGACGAAACGAGAGUCGGACGCGACAAAAGGCAGAGGAAGGGAUCCAGCCUUUGUCUGACAUUAUAGUUCCUAAUGGGUCAGGUUUAUCCCGCAGAUUUUCAGUUCAUAAGGGGACGCCUCGAAGCGGUGGUAAAACAAUAGCCGACGUGCCAAGAUCUGGAGAUGACGCCAAUAUGGAUUCCAGAAAUUCGACUCCUCGUCCCUCUGCUGGACUACACCCAGAGACACCGACGCCGCCCUUUUCCCCACGUCCGCAAAAGGCUUAUCCGGUCGCAGAGCCCGGCCAUCUCAUUGCUCCGAAAGCUCUUCCUACACCACCACCACAGAGCCGAUCAGCUUCUAACUCCUCUCAAGCACGACCGGAUAUACGUAGCUUGAUGAACGGCAUUGCGUCGUCCGAUGCUACUUAUCCCACUACCAAACAAGCCGUAGUUGGUCAGACAGCCGAGCAAUUCUGCCGGAGCAGCAUAGAGCGCUUCCAAGCUUUUGCCAACCAUGAAGCAGUAGCAGAGUCGGAUGCCGAGCGGGUAAAGCUGUUUGCUGAUUUCAUAGUAAACGAGUCUAGGUUACGUCGUGAAAGAUAUGCAUCGGCGAUUGGGGCGAUGGGUUCUGAGAUCUUCGAUCUAACACGGGACUUAUUCCGGCCUAUGAAAGUGCGGCGUGACUCGACGAACUCACAAUCUGGAGAAUGGACGCCGCAGAUGUCGGAACCAAGAUCGCAACGGAACUCAAUGACUUCUGUUUUUCGUGAACAAGUACAAUCCAACUCUGCGCCGCCUUCUGCACCGCCUUCUGCAAAUAUGCCAACCUCGAGCUCACCUAUUAAUGGACCUACGAAUGGGAAUUGGGCUUCGCAGUAUAUGCCAUCAUUAUCACCGAUUCUUAGCAUGAGUGUCAGUGAACAUUUAGAUGGGUCGAGCUCACGGGGCCGGCCAGCAAGUCGUUGGUGGGAAACGGAGUCGGGAGGGGGAGAACCGAACCGCAUGGAAAGAACAAAACGCGAGUCUAAGUAUAUGGGUGUGCCAAAAGAGGCACGAGAAGCCCUGCAGUGGGAGGAUGAACCAGGUACUGCAGAUAGCCAUGCAGGAUCGAGCAAGUAUUACUCGGAGAACGAAUACCCCCUUGAAAAGGUUGGGUGGCAUGAGUCGAAGGAGUUGAGUACACCUCAGCCAUUACGAAAUUCUCUCUUAUCCAUAGGUUCAUCGGCACCGAACACCCCCAGCCCUUCUCAUCUAGAUGUAUCGCGACUGGUAACGCUACCACCACCUUAUCCACGACAUCAUCCCGCAGUAAACAAUAAUCAUCCAGAACUGGCAUCUACUCGUACAAGGGUGAGGUCUCUAAGCGAUAUGCAAGAGGUCCAGGCGACGAAGGAACGAUUCUUACUUGAUAGUCAGAGGGUACGCGAGGAAGCUGUUCAGGGAGCCUCUUCAAGAUUAAAAUCACUACGCGCAAAUCUUCAUCAAGAGAUCAGCGCAGGCAACAUGUCAUACGCCGAAGCAGCCGCCAUCGAGGCUGACACGCAAGCAUCCGAAAACGCAAAGGCCAAGGAGAUGGACAAGCAGGAGUUCGAUCGGUUCCAGAAUGCAGUCGUCAUGCCACUUAAUGAGCUACUCACAGGCCGCAUCGCACAGGCCACUUCACUAUUUGACGAGCUACGCUCACGCCUUUUCGUCGAGACCCAAGCGCCCAACCCCAAUAUGCCACAAGAGGAAGGCGACGAGCAACCAGAACUCCUCGAGAAACUGACCCUGCUCAAAUGGAUCUUCGAAGCCCGCGAGAUGCUACACCGCGAAAUAUAUGACUUGCUGAGCGAUCGCAAUAAUCGGUACAAAGAGAUGGUGAUCACCCCGUACCGACUCUCCGGCAACGAGGAGAAGCUACGGACGGCGGAGGCAUUUUUCGUAGACGAUGCGUGUAAGCGGCAGCGAGCGUUUGCGGGCGAAGUUCUACAGCGAACAUGCGAGUUCCGGGACGUGGUAGAGGAGAACGUAACACGGGGUGUCGAUAUGCAGCUCAACGCAUUCUGGGACCUGGCACCGCCCCUUCGACGACUGCUCGAUAAGAUCCCAGGGUCGGUCGACGGACACUUUCGCAUCCAGAUCCCGCCUGCUGAGUACGACGAGAACCCUAGCUACCAUCAGCAUCCGCUACAGUACCUGUUUAGCCUGCUUCUACACGCCGAGAAGAGCACGUACCAGUUCAUCGAGUCGCAGACGAAUCUGUUGUGUCUACUGCACGAAGUCAAAGAGGCAGCGAUGAGUGCGCGUGCGAGAGUAGGCGAGGCGGAGGGCCAAGACCCGCGUGUCAUCGAGGAGGAGCGUGCGGCAGAACAGACGAGACUCACAGACGAUCUCAAGGAAAAAGUGCGCCUUGUGCAAGACCAAUGGGAGAGCGCUCUCGGCGAAGCUAUGAAAGGCGUUAAGGAGCGCGUAGGCGAGUGGCUCCUAUCGACAGGCGGAUGGGACGAAAGUCUCGAGGAUGGCGGAGUUGGCGGCGUAUAA